UUUUUAGUAUAAAAAUUUUAAUUUCUUAUAAAAAACCUGUUUUAAUAACCAACAAAAAAAUCGUCCAAACGAAGUUUUAAUCAUGGAAACUGACGUGAUGCUCUAUCAGAUUGCUUUGUUUGAGAAUCCAGCGAUAAAAAAUGCCGUCGUGCUCUCGGAGGUUUAUUAUAGGAUCAAGGCUCUCUGCACCAAUGCUACGAAGAGCUUCUUCGUUUUCUACAGCGAGAAUCAUAGGGAUGCUUAUGUGGAAGAGAAGGUUGAGAAGAUCUGUAAUUUUGUUAAACAUUUAUUGUGGCUCAUAAAGAAAAUAUUUCUGUUUUUAGAGGAGUCGUAUGUAAGGUCUCUUCAGCAGCCUAAUUUGCCGGACUUGGUUGCCAUCCCAACAUCUCUAAACAUUUUGAAGGGAGAACUCGAUGAUCUAAGACUAUCAAAGCGGGAAGUCAUCUACCCAGAGCACAAACUUGCGUUAGAGAUUACUUCUGGCCUGCUCCAUGGAAUAUACCAUAAAGGAAGGUUUCGAGUUAACCGUUACAAUCCAUUAGUGGGCUAUGUUGGUGAUGAGAUAGCAAUUUGUGAUAAGGUUAACAUAAAUAAGGCUUUUGGUGGAGAUAUUGUUGCCGCAGAGCUCUUGUGCCCUCAAUACCAGCGGACUGAGGAGAAUUCCUUGAUUGUUGAGGAUGUUAAUGGUAAUGUUGAUGAUGCUCCAAGGAAUGCAAAUAUAGCAAAAGCUUGGGCUGGAUUUAGACCUAAUGUUUUCACCUUGCUCAUUUGGCAAUGUCAUUGGUAUUAUAAAGAGAAAUUGGAGCUCGACACCCAAAUCUAUUUCUACUAUUCUAAUACUGGAUGGACGCAGAAACUGAUGAUCCUCUGAAUAUUGGAAUUUAUCCAAUUAGAGAGGCAAAUCAGAUGAUUGAAGAAUUUAUGUUGGCUUGCAAUUUUUCUAUUGCCAAAAUGAUAUUGAAGCAUUUUCCAUCGUGUUUAUUGCUGCGGUGUGCCACGUUAGCUUUGGGUGGAAUCUGAGUGUAUCCAUCAAUCAAGUUGUACUGCUACACCUUACCUUAAUUACAACAAUCGAGCUCAUCGGGGGUCCUCCACCCUGCUUGAGUUUUGGAGUUUUGUACAUUAAAAAGUUUUUCCCGUACAACAUUGUGAUGCUAUAUACCCGAGUAUUAUGACAAAAUAUAAUGAGAGUGGAGUGCCAUGGCACUCUAAACCCUAGUAUUGUGUGGUGCCAGACCUCGAUGCUAUCAAGCAGAGUGGAGA